GGCACUCGGCACCAGUCUUGUUGAAUCCGUAUUCAUUGCCUUCGAUUUGUUUAUGAUUACAAUGUUAUAACUCCUGUAUUAUUUAAACAUAAACAAACAUAUAAUGAGACCACAAAAAUUUAGAAUUCCAUGUGAUAUAGAAAGUUUUGUACCUACAGACAAAAAGGUUGUAAUUGUAUCUGUAUUUGGAAAGUCACAAUAUCGUGCAAAAGGAUGCAAAACAAAUAUGCUGAGUUCAAUCCUGCAAGUGGGUCUCCUGGAUGAGCCCGAAGUGAACAAGGAUUCAUUUUGUGAAAUAGAAGGAUAUUAUGACACCAAAGACAGGACAAUAUAUUUGCAUUUGAGAGGUCUAUUAGACACGCAUACUCUGGUUACAGAGUACGACAGAUUCAUAGAGAAACAAGACUGUAAAGAUUUUCUUAGCGUAUGGGCUCACAUGAGGGACAAAUAUGCUAGAGCAUUACUCGUUUUGUUUCAUAUAUCUCAUGUAAUUGUUCUUACUCAUCCAACUCAUACAUUUGACUAUAGUUAUGUACAUUUAUUUAGAGCCAUAGACAUUGUAAGGCAAAAAGUCUCUCCACAACUUUCCGAUGUUCUGAGUUGCAUCUAUAGUUUACCUAAAGACUGGGUGUCCAAUGUUAGACCUUGUUCCCCAAGAGUAUUAUUCUACUUUGAAACCUGCCCCUCUGUAUUUCAAGAUCCUACCAGUGGAGCUAAUAUUAAAAAGCUAGAACAUUCCUUGGAAGAUCAAAUCUAUCAAGUGUUAAGGAAGAACCGUAUAGUAACCAAUAUAAGCUCUAAUUCUCUGUUCGCGAUCCCGGCUAACCAAGAAUUCGUCUAUGUACACACUGGUACAAAUGAAUCCAGAGAUAUUUUGGGGUACAUGGCAAGAAAACUUAUGCAAAGUUGUAAAGUUAGUUCUGGUGGUAGUACUUCGAGGAGUCUGGCCAGUCAAGAUUCCAAUGUUCAAAUGGACGAUACAGAAACUGAAACCAGAUCCUUCAGAUCGUUUUUACAACAACAUAUAAAUCUAGCCUUUGCAAGGGGUUUUGACGACAAUGUUGGAAGACACUCUACACCUGCAUAUUUCGAGAUACCCAGUGUCCAAAUAUUCUGUGAAGUGGCGAACAAGGUGUACGAUUAUUUCAUACAUGGAACGGACAAGGAACUGCUAACUUUGCACAGUUUGCUGGACACAGAUGUUAAGUUCAGUAAAAGCAGAUGCAGUAAGGUGCUUCCCCGAGCUUUGCAAACGUAUCAAGAAAAUCUACCGCAACAUUACACCAGAGCGUAUCACGAGACAAAGCUGGCUCAUGCGAUGGCAGUUUUCGAGAUGCACGCACGAGGUCCUCUCUUUGAGGAAUUUAGCGAGAAGCUGCAAGCAGAGUGCGAGAAACAUUGGCGUUCUGGGAGACAGAUGUGCGAGGUCCUUUCCUUAACUGGCAAUCCCUGUACUAAUCCAAUACACAGAGGAGGAAGCGAAGGUGCUGGAGGUGGGGAACAAGCAGACCAAAGAGACAGCGACAACGAUUUGCCAAUUAGAGAGCAUUGUAGCGGAGUUAGAUACAUUUGUGCUUGCAACUGUGGACGUUGUCAAGGCUCAAGGGAGGAUCCUUUCAGUUUACGACAGGCCAACUAUGACUAUUUCCAGAUACUAGCAAAGCAAUGUGGUUGCGCACAAUUAGAAAGCAUACAGUUUCCAGUUUUUCAACCCAGCACGCACAACUACAGGCCAGCACAGUUGUUCUCAACAAAGCGGAAAGAUUCUUUUGGCCAUGGAGAAUCACCUCUACCGCAAGGGAACACUCAAGCUUGUAGCCUUGGAGUGAACACUUUGAAUGAUGAUAUUCGUACUCCUUAUGGAAGCGGUGGUCAAUCACCACCCACGAGUGAAACAAACGAGGAUGUGCCCAAGCUGAGCAGUAAAACUAGUUUAACACCGAGUGAUGCGCACAAGGUUGUCAUAGAGGUUUCUGAUAGCGACGCGGACAAUGCAAGAGAUGUUACAGAGAAGUCUCUCGUCAGACAACCAUCGACCACAGAAUAUUUGCCAGGAAUGCUUCAUACAGAAUCCCCAGCCGGCUUGCUGCCACAGUUUUCCAGCUGGUCUCUGGUUUGUCUCGGUCCUAGCAGCCUGUAUUCGCACAAUUUAGGCCUUCAGCAUCAAGCCGGUAUUCUGCCCACUUCUGCAUUCCUUUUACCUUGGGAUGUAACCGUUAGACUAGAACAUCAAAAAGAGAGAGGUUCUUUGUGGCCUACAAUAGGUGACCAUGGGACCCAUGGAUAUUGUCCAAGAGGAAAGAAUUUCCAGAAUAUGAACACCAUUCGUGGUCGGAAAUCUAAAGGUGGUAAAGAAUUUGUAGUGAAAAUAUUCGUUGGAGUGGAAUAUGAGUGUCCACGAGGACAUAGAUUCAUGGCAUCUGCUCCGGAUAAAGUUUUAAAAGCAACUGGAAAUGGAAUCGUGAAAGACAGUGGGAAUAAAGUGACAUCCAGCACAGCAGAUAUGCCCCUUUAUUUUCCAUGCCCUUGCAGACAAACGAAACCACUGAUAGCCCAACUAAUGAGAAUUCACGUGGUUACACCGAAAGCACCUGUUCACGUUACAUUGAAUCCUCGAGUACAACCAGGACCUCCACCUUGCCCAAUUUUUGUCACUGGUUGUGACGAACCGAUUAAACUUUCUCAGAGUGCUUACUGGGUUUUGCGAUUACCAUAUGUAUAUAUGGAUGAAAAGGGACCAUAUUUGGCGCCAAAGGAAGCAGUACCUACUUCUCAUGGAAGAUUGUUAGCAGGAAUGUAUGGGAUUAGCGAAGUUGUUCCAGAGAAAAAAUAAUAUAGUAUUUAAUUUUUGUAUAGAAAAUAACUUGUACAAAAUGUGUAAAUUAUUUUUUGUAAAUAUAUGAUAGGAGAAUAAACAUUUUUAUUAAAC